AAAAUAUUUAUAUAUAGUCCCGCGCCGUCUGUCAACCAAGCAGGAAAUCCUUCUCCAGCGGAUUAAUUGCGGAAUACAAUUUCAGAAUAACGAAACACCGGCAUGGAAUCAGAGAAACCAGUGCAAUCAACAGGAGAGGAUGUGCCUGACCCAGAGGAGGAGGAGAAGAGGCUUGCGGCAGCAACCCGGGAAGCCAACCGUCUAUCUGAGCUGCGGCUGGUGCUGUUGGGCUGGAGGUGGCCUGGGAAGAGCCUCACAGGCAACACCAUCCUGGGCCGCGAGGAGUUCCGCCUAGAGCGGGCAGCCGAGUUCUGCGUCAAGCGUCAGACUGAGGUGGAGGGGCGCCAGGUGACAGUGAUAGAUACGCCGGGCUGGUUCUCGGCCCAGACCACGCCGCCCCUCUAUCAGCAGGAGAUGGUACGGGGAGCCUCCAUGUGUGGGCCCCCUGGCCCCCACGCCUUCCUACUGGUCAUCCCCGUGGGCAUGUUUACCGAGGUGGACCGGGCCCGCAUCGAGGAGCACCUGGCCCUGUUUGGGGAGCGUGUGUGGAGGCAUACUAUCCUAGUGUUCACUUGGGCUGAGGUGCUGAGGAACAUGUCCAUCGAGAGACACAUCAAGCGGGAGGGGAAGGAUCUGCAGUGGGUGCUGGAAAAGUGCAAGAGAAGGUACUUUGUCAUCAAUAACUGCAUAUUUGGGGAGCACCCCCAACUGAGGCGGCUCAUGGAGAAGAUAGAGAAGGUGGUAGCGGAGGAGGGCAUCUAUAACCCAGAGGAGGUGGAGGAGAAGGAGAAGAAACAUUUGGACCAAAACCAAACCCAGAACCGGCAGCUUGGGGCAAGGCCCAAAGUGAACUCUGCCGUAGGAUCGGCCAAACUGGACGUGGACCCACCACAGAAAAAUAAUCCAUGAGGAUUGUCCAGGACACGGCAAUAUUCCUCUCCAAUUCAGUGGAUGGACUGACUGACUAAAGGAGAGAUGGUGACCCACCACAGUACUCAUUUAAGAGCUGCUGGAUCUACAGCCAUACGUCACCCCAACCUCAAGGCCUGUAUUCAUAAAUUGAUCUAUAAUCAGUUUGCCUUUUAGAUCAUAAGGAAUGAGACCGAUGAGGGGGACCCUAAUCCUAGAUCAGCACUCCUACUCUGAGACAAUUUAUGAAUACAGGCCAGAUUAUUUUAGAGUUUUAAGAUUGAACAAUUAUUUAUAUCAGUGUGAGAGAGAUUAUCUGUUACUGGAUGUAGGCUAACAUUAUGCUGUUCUGGCUGUUCGAGACUGUUACCUCCCACCUAUGACAGUUCUGAUGAAAUAUAUCUAUUUGAGGAUUUGAUUUUAACUGAUUUGAUUUGCACAUGAAAUGUAAAAAGAAAUAUGACCAAGAACAAGAAACCAAUCACAGACAUUCAUACAGGGCGAUGAAAGAAACCCUAAAUGACUUCAGAUGGCCAAUGUGUACUAGUAGAGGCCCUCUAUCUACCCUUUGCUCCAUGAAAGGAGGAUGAUGGGAAAACUACUGUAGGAGACAAGAGACAGGGAAGUCCCUAUGGGAAGUCCCUAUGAUACUUCUUAACCAAAUAUUUACAGCACAUACUAGACAGCAGGGCUCUACAGAGCAACCAUUUUACUCUCAUAUGCGCAUAAAAAUAGAUGUGUGUGAACUGAUCAAGUAUGAGCACAUGUGCAACUUGUGAUUUAUAGGCCAAAAAAAUAGCUGCUGUAGCCAUUUUGAAAGUAUUUGUUUGUUUUGUUUCAUAGAGGUAGCUAAUCACACAAAGAACUACGAAUCCCAUAUAGCUAUCCCACCUUGAGCAGCAACAGUGCCUGGGGGGGCUGUACGCACUGAGGGAAGUGCUGAACGAUACAUUUUUAAGAAGCGCACUGGUAUAAAAGUUUGUCGAAUUUACCUGAAAGUCUACUAAAGUGUGACUUUGCCCUCGUGUUUCUUGGCUGUUUACAUCGUUUUGUUCACACGCUAGGUUGUUUUUUAAUGUUAGUUGGAGCUUGCUCAACUGCUAGUGAAGAGACACGUCGGAGAAUAUCAUCUCUCAUAGACAGACAUGUGAGUCCCACCGUUCCAACAGUAAAGGCCCGCCCAUCAAAGCGGCAGCUGAGCAUUUGUCUCACCUAAGUUGUAAUUGAUUGAGCAUGGAACACUCUAAAAACCUUUUAUUCAUCAACUUUUUUUGAACUCCUACAUUUUUCGAUCGUCAUUGUAAAUAAGAAUUUGUUCUUAACUGACUUGCCUAGUUAAAUAAAGGUUAAAUAAAAAAUUAAUAAAAUAAUAAAACGUGCUCAUUGUAAAACAUGUCAGUGUAGAGCCCUGGACAGGUAUUCUGUACAAUUGCACUACUAGAUUUUAAAAUGUUUAGUACGUAAUUGUCUGUGAAAAUGUUGUUCAGGGAAUUGUUUGUGGAAAAGUUCCCCAAUUGUGACCAAACUGAAAUUGGCAUUUUAGACAUAUAUUUGUGAACAUUACACUUAGUGUAUAAUGUUUUAUCAAGCACUUGGAAGUGCAGGUACUGUUUUACUCUACUAGUAGAUAAUACAAAUAUCUAUGUCUGGGUUUUGUUUAUGGGUGUGAAAUGAUAAAUGUAGAUUUUGAAUAUUUAUGUAUCAAACCCAACCUUCUAUGCAAGCGUAUAGCUGCUGAAAUGUAAUUUAAAAUGUAAUUGGAUAAUGAUAAAUUAAUAACACUUUGUAUUUCAAUUUUAUAUAGAAUUUUGGCAGCUAUAUGCUUCCAUAACCCUCUAAGUAGGGUCGCUUAAUUAUUCAGAUUAGUUAGGAACUAAACAUUAAUUUCUAAUCUGAUGUAGUAUUGCAACAUGGCCCAUGUUGAUAGUAUUGCAAUAGGCUUAAUACUGUGGGUACAAUCAUGUCUAUUAUCAUAUCAUUAUUGUCAUCAUUAUUAUAAUUUGUAUAUUAUUAUUAUAUACUGUAGGUCUUUUACUCUUAUUUCUUCCUAUUCUGACAAUCAAUACUAGCUAGUAGUAGCUACAUGCACUAACUAACAUCCAAUGUUGAUAUUGGAUACAAACCAUUUUACAAACAUCUUCAUAUUGAUGAUACGCAUUGAUGUUGCAUAGUAUUCUAUUAGCUACACUUACAUGAAUGCACAUGUGCUGUAAGGGUUCUGAGUCAAAGUAUCAGCACAGAAAUAUCUUAAGUUCUGUUUCGAGUUAACGCUGGUUGAAUUAUUUAUUAGGGGGAGAUAAGGUAGAAUGUGUCUUCUCUAGUCAGUGCAAACAGAGUAGUCUUUUGUUUCCGUAUACAAUUGAUGUUGUUUUGUUUGUUUGUGUGAAAAAACUAUGAUUUCUAUAUUUUGUCUAUUGCUGUAGUAGACAAUUAUAUAUUUUUUCUAAAGUAUCCAAAUAAAGUUUACAUUUUGAUGAA